ACGUAUUUAUUAUUCGUGUCAAAGGUGAAAAUGCAGGCAAAGAUGGAAGGGAAUCGCGACGAGAGUGAAAAAUGUGUCAGAAUAGCACUGAAAGCAGUGUCAGAUGGCGAUAGAGAAAAGGCCCUUAAGUUCCUCCAGAAAGCCAAGAAAUUAUUCCCUACAAAGAAAGUCGAAGCCCUACUAAUUCAGCUUGAGAAUGCCAACGAAAGCGACAGCGACACGGCCUCACAGUCAGCAAAUUCUUCUGCAGAAAAUGACAAAGGAGGAGACACACCCCAGGCCAGACAGAGAAGAAACUCAGCCUCAAGACAACAAUCAUCAACGGAUACAACGUCCAAUGGUGAUGCUCAGAAGGACUAUACACCAGAUCAAUUAGCAGCUGUAGUAAAAAUCAAAAAGUGUAAGGAUUUCUAUGAGAUCCUUGGUGUAGCCAAAGAUGCAGGGGAAUCAGAGAUCAAGAAGGCUUACAGGAAGUUAGCCCUACAGUUCCAUCCAGACAAGAACAAGGCGCCAGGAUCGGCAGAAGCCUUCAAAGCUAUCGGUAAAGCCUUCAAUGUCCUAACUGACACGGACAAGAGGAAAAAAUACGACGUGUACGGAGAUGAGUCACAGCAGGAACGACAGGUUCAACGUAAUAACCACAGACAUCAUUACUACAACAAUGGCUGGUACUACGAAACAAGGGGAUUCGAUGAUGAUGAAGUCAGUCCCGAGGAUAUCUUCAACAUGUUUUUCAAUGGUGGUUUCCCAUCAAGUCAGGUCCGUAGGAGACAACAGUACAGGCAAGGGGGUCACAGUCACGAACGGAGGGCUGGCGAGGCUAACUACACAUUCUUGGUCCAGGUGCUGCCAAUCUUGCUCUUAGUUCUCAUGUCAAUCUUCUCUAGUUUGUUUGUUAGUGAUCCUCUCUUCAGAUUAACAAGACAAGGAAAUUUCAAGGAGGAGAGAAGAACACAAAAUGAUGUUUUAUAUUAUGUAAAGAAAGAUUUUGUGAAAGACUACUCGGGCAAGAUACACUUAGUGGAGAAUCAGGUUGAUGACGAAUACCUACAGAACCUAAGGAGAACUUGUUAUGAUGAAAAAUAUAAGAAAGAGAGAGUUAUACAGCAAGCCAGAUACUUUGGAGAUAGGAAGAUGUUCGAAUCAGGCAAGAAAAUGAAGACGCCCUCGUGUGAUAAGUUCAAUAAAAUGUAUGACCUGAUAUCGGGUGGAUAAUGACGACUUUCCAUCUUUGCACUAGGAUCGAAUAUUUUUAAUUAGCUGAGUGAUUUUGUUAUUAUGAUUCAUUAUUAUUCCUCUUCAACUAUGGAUAUUGUCUUAUUAUUUGGGGGAAUUUUUUUAUCAUUCAAACUGCUCUUAUUAAUAAUCCAUAUAAUAAUGAUGAUAAUAGUGGCUACUUGUAUAGCGCACAGGUCCAUCUUUCGGUGCUCAUGGCGCUUAGUGAAUAUGAAUUUUGGAGGAGAGAGGUAGGGGGGGGGGGGUAAGGGGUUGGCUAGUACAGUAAAAUUUACCCUCAUUUUUUAUUUGUACAUGUACAGUUAUUCAUCAAUAUCCAUUUGAAGGGGGUACAACUGAAAUGCUUGGGAUAGUACUUGAUGGUAAUGUUACGAGUAUGGCAAUGGAAGAUCACCUUGUCAAACUUUUGAAUCCCAUUUUUGGAUCUAACGUCACAUAGUUAAUAGAGAAAGGGAAGUCAGGACCCUGUCUUACAAAAAGUUGAUAUCAAUCGCAACUUACCAUGAGACUGCAAACUUGCGAUUGAUUUGAGGACAUGCGAUUGAUUUGGAGCAAUCAUAGUUCUUUGUAUAAAGACGGGGCCCUGGUGUGUAGCUUAAUUUCCUGAGUCUCUCCCUGGCAGCUUGCUCGUUAGGUUUUGCAUCCUCUUUCGCAAAGAUUGCUUUAUCAUUGUACAUCAUUAUUGCAUUUAUAGAGUUCCACCUUGUAGGGUUGGAUAUAUGAAAGUCUGCAUGAAAGAAACUUUUCCUACAAUUUUUUCUCCUGCCAUUUUUCAUAGACAAUUGGACAUGAAGAUUUAGAUAACAUGAUACAACAUGACUUGUGUUUUUUUUUAAAGAAGCAAUGAAGGGGCUCAAGCAUUUGAAUAGAAAAUCAAAGUACAGUCAUAACCUGUUUUAGUGGCCACCUCUCUAUAAAUGCAACCUGUCUAUAGCGGCCAUGCAUUUUGUCUCUCCCUCUUGAGAGAAAUGUGUGUUAAAGAGCCUGUCUAGAAAAGCCACCUGUCUACAGUGGCCACUUUUUAUGUUUAUCUUUGGUGGC